AUGAAAAAAUCCUCAAAUUCAAAAGCUAAAGUUGCUCCACAAUCAGAUAGCCAGAACACAGGAAAAGACCAGGCAUAUUCGACACGUGCUGCAAAGUUAAAGGCAAGAAAAGUUAAUAGACAGAUUUCAGCAAUAAGAAUUCAAAGAGCUUGGUUUGCUUACGUGGACAGAACUAUAUUUCACCUCCUAAAACAAACCAUUUGUGCAGCGGAGCAAUAUGUGUCACAUGAACUACUGAAGAACAUAAGCCCCUCAGAGGCUGACCUUGUUAAAGAUCCUAGCAUGAAAUGUAAAGUAAGAUUCAGAUUUAGUGGUGUAAAAUUUCCACCUUUCAUCGUGUUUAAAAUUUUUUUGCAAAAUGAAGGCCAUGGUCACAAGUAUUUCAAUGGGAAGGAUUUAUUAAAGCCAUCAAGUGAGGCAUUGGCUGAUGCUUACAAAAUGAUGGGGAGAAGAAAAUUUUGUCAACAAAUUAAGGAAGAACAACGUUGUUUUCAGAAAUUCAAAGUGGCUGAUCUUAUGGAUGUUGUUACAAUGCGAGAUUACUUACAAUAUUGCAAACUUGUGGACGACAGCCCUGCAUCAUCUGGCGGCAAGAAUAACUGCUGGCGGAGAUUGAACCUCAAAUCCAUUCCCAGGUCAAUGAUGAUGUAUGACAUACUUGCUUAUGCAGAGUCUGGAGUAAUCUCAAGCCGUUUACAAAAAGAAAGGAAGUAUUUGUUACAGAAACCACAAACGGAAGAGAUGCUACAGCAGCAGCUACAAGUCAUUUAUGAGUAUAGGUUGCCACCCAUUACAACUGUUGCUCCUUUUUAUCAACCUCCUCAACUACAGAAAAAAAUGAAACAUCUAGGUCGUCGAUCCAAGCAAGCUCAGAAAAAAGUUGAAAAAAUGAGAAAAGUUUAUAUAAGAGCUAAAGAAGAAAUGUCCACUUGCUUAGCUGUUGAGCCAAAACCAGACAUACCACAGCCAAAACUAAAAGUGAAAUCUGUCUUCCGCACCUCAUCUUUUGAAAUUUUCGCAGUAAGGGAAGCCACAAAAGACGGCAGAUUUGAGGAAGACGAAGAAGAAGAGGAAUAUAAUAGUGAUGAUGAAUUAUUUGCCUGGUGUGAAGACCUGUGUUUUGAGCAGCUUUCAUUAUUUUGA